GCACUUAGAGAACUGAGUCAUAUAUGUGAAGCAACCAUACGUCUUCUGAAAGAAGGAUGGAUGCGCAGCCGUUGUUUGGAUUGUAUCUCAUUUUAUCUGUUCCAUGGACAUCAGAGGCACUUUAUUCAUCAGAUCCUGUGAUGGUGUUUGCUAAACCAGGGGACAGAGUUACUUUGCCAUGUGGUUUACCUUCUGGUGGAUCCUGCUCUUCUAUAAACUGGACACAGACGUUUAUCGUAUGGCACACUGACGUGGUGACAGCUGGAAAAGUGACGCCUUCAGAAGAAAACAAGUUUCAUCUGCUAGAGGAUUGCUCUCUGGACAUCCUCCAAAUGGAGCGUGAUGAUGCCAGGUUGUACACUUGUAAAAGCGGAGCUCUAAAUUCGAGUGUUUCCCUUCGGUUUGUUGAAGUUAAUCAAUCCCAAACUCCAGCAGAGGAAACUAUAGAACUUCACUGCUCUCUCAGUACAUAUGUAGGAUUUGUCACCUGUAAAAACGACACAGGCAUACAUAUCAAAUGGACAACCGAGGAUGAUGUCCCAAUAACUGGUAAAAGAUUUAAAUUGAAGAACUCAGAUAUUUGUUUCUCAAAACUAAUUAUCACCAAGAAACCGACGGACCAUCACAGAACGUGGAAAUGCCAAGUAACCCAGAAUGAUGUGGUUAAAGCCACUGCCAGUUAUAGGACAACAGUAAGAGAUGGGGUGGAGGAAGUGUUUGCUGCUGUUGGUGAGUCAGUGUCACUUCUUUGCAGAAACACUUCCUCUCUUGGACUUGGAGAAGGCAUAGAGUGGGCUUUAAAUAAAGAACCACUGACUGAUAUGUUACCUGAAAAUGGCCAAAUAAACAUAUUUAGUGCGAGCAAAGACUCAUCCUUAGUAAUCAGCAAACUGAGUCCUGUGCAUGCUGGAGACUACCAGUGUAUGGGCUCCUCGGAUGAGCAAAGAGUGUUUGACAAAUUUAGGCUGCACACCCUCGAUGUUACAGCCAAGACUGACCCAGCAGGAGGAAAUCUCACUCUGACCUGUGUGCUUACUUGUGCUCAGGAAUGUGACGAAACCUUCAACUUAACUUGGUCUGGAAGUAACCAAGAAGGCUGGAAGGGCAGCUUAUCGAAUGUUAAUAACACCUUGAUCAAUCAGCUUUUUCUCCCAGCUUGGCCCGUCAGCCCUGAUGAAUUAAUCUGCUCUGUGUACAGAGAAGGUUCACUGAUGACUUCAAAAAGUUGUUACUCUGUUAAAUCUCUGCGGACCAUCACAUGGUUAUAUCUCCUUCUGGGCCUUUUAAUAUGUGCAGCAACACUGGGAGUUUUCAUUUACUGGAAGAGGAAGCGCAACAAGGAUCCUGGUACUGAAUUAGCAGAUGCACCAUCAAUGACUCAUAUUUAUGAUGCCAUUCAGGACGAGGAAGUACAACAGCAGAGAACGCUAAAAAGGGAAGGGGCCACCGCUGAUGACCAGCUUUACAAUUUAUUACAAGCUGUGAACUAGAAGAAAAUAAACGCUGCUCUUUGUCUUUAUUUAAAUGCAGAAAUUGUUUUAUUUCUUAACACAUUAACACAGUUUGCAAAUAUACUUGUUCAAGAGAAUGUUGCAUUCAUGCUUUGUACAAAAUGAAACCUAUUAAAAGAUAAUAACACAAGA